AUGAAUUUCUACCGAGAUGCUUCUUGGGUAUUGGAAUAUGUGGAGAAAACUGAAUCAAAGGGCCGAGUGGCCGGGUCUCUGCAAACCUUAGUGCUACAAUCCUGUAAGAAAUACAAAUUAAAAACAAACCCCAAACACAUUUACGCUGCUGUGAGCUCAUGCUGGCACUACAGGGAGUUUUUAGACAGGAUUUUGCAACGUUCCGGGAUCUUGAAAGAUGUUCCAAACAAGAAGGGACAACCUGCUUUUAGUAAGUAUACUAUCAAGCUACUUGUUCAUGACCUCUUAUUUUCAAAGAACAAACGGAUUCAAAUGGGAAAGCACCCAGUUAAAGACUUUGUCCUUAAGCACAAGACGAGAUUGAAUAGUGAGUUGGUUCGCCUCAAACUCAAGCUGAAAGUUACUGAUCUCAAGCAGCUGAUAAAGGAUGACGCUACUGAUAUAACCCCGGUAAGGUGGAUUAGAAUCAACCCGGUACGAUCUCGCGACAAACAAAAGGAAGUCCUCGCAGAACUGGAAAAGAAAUUCCCCACAAAAGUAUCGAGCUGGGCCGAGAUAGUGCCGGGAACGAUCUAUCAUGAUGAGUAUGUGCCCAAUCUCUUCGGUGUGCAUCCGGGGGACAAGAUCACUUCACAUGAGUUGUACAAAACAGGUAAGGUCAUCAUUCAAGACCGCGCCUCUUGCUUUCCAGCCCAUAUUCUAAACCCUUCGAAGGAUGAUAUAAUUAUCGAUGCUUGUGCCGCGCCCGGAAACAAAACUACACACGUUGCAGCCCAUAUAUUCCAAGACCAAAGUCCCGAAGGGGCUCAGAUUCAUGCUUUUGAGAAGGACCCGGAAAGAGCCAACACACUGCGUACCAUGAUAAAGACUGCAGGCUGCUCGAAAGGCAUUGACGUUCAUGUGGGGGAUUUCACGAAAAUUGCCAAGCCGGCUUCUUUUCCAGGUGUGACCGGUUUUAUCGUUGACCCAAGCUGUUCGGGCAGUGGUAUCUUUGGGCGUAAGAACAUGGAUUAUCAUAACAAGAAUAAAGAAGAAUCCAUUAAUGUCGCGCCGGAAGAAGAAGUCGCCGAAGAUAUAGCCGACAAAGACCUUAAGGAUAGGCUAAGCAAAUUGUCCUCUUUUCAAUUCGAAAUUGUAAGAUAUGCGCUUUCCUUCCCUAGCGCCAAGAAACUCGUCUACAGCACAUGUUCGGUUCACGCGGAAGAAAAUGAACGCAUCGUUAUUGAUUUGUUGUUAGAUUCAAAGGUAAAGGAAUGGGGCUGGCGCGUAAGGAAAAGAGCGGGCGUUAUACCAGCUUGGCCAAGAAGAGGAUUUUUGAAUGAAUUCGAAGAAGUAUUCCGUGACAAGCAAGAGGCACAGGACUUGGCCGAGGGAUGUAUUCGUGUUUUGCCAAGAGAAGACGGAGGUAUCGGCUUUUUUGCAGUUUGCUUCGAGCGUGAUUAG